GUUGUUGAUCGGAUCUAAUUUUCGUCUCGAGCGCACAUGCAGCUCUCCGGCUGUCAUUCGGCUCUCGGUGACGUUUAUGGCGCCAGAAAUCAAGACCAAAGUGGGGGUUAUUUUUAUUUCGGCGGAUAAACUCGGUCCCUGUGUGAGUUUCGGGGUUCUUGCUAUGGUUUAGGCGGGUGUGUUUGUGUGUGAAUGAGCGGGUUUGGGCUGUAAAAGGUAAAGAUGGUGAUGCUCCGGAGUGGAAGCUCGAGCGCUGAGCCGCUGAAGCGCGACUCCGAUAUGGACACGAGCUCGGAGUUUCUGUCGCUGCGGCGCGCGCAGAAAAAUCCCGCGCGCCUGCAGAAGAAGGUUCUGGAUGACAGCUACAGCAGCCCUGACAACAGCCCCGGGAACCGGAGUCUCUCCGCCAGCACUCACACACCGGGCUAUUUGUCUGUGAAAGAAAAAAACAGCAUGGGGGGAGGUGGUGUGAAGACCAGAGCCCAAACAGACAAACAUGCAGUUUCUUUCGCUGAUACGAGUGACAAACCGAACAGCUCUCCUCAAAAGGAUGAGAAAAGCAUGAAGCACUUAAGGAAAUCUCCAAGAUUGCAAAAAGACGAGAAGUCCGGUGAUGAGAUUAACGUUGAAGAUGAGAUCGACGGGACAGCAGCUUCAAAAAAUUUUCGUGCACGGUUACGAGAGAGAAAAGUGGACUGCACCGUGAGACGCAGCUCCAGAAUCACAAGAUACAAGUUUAACGCCAGGGAUCAGUCUGUUCUCUAUGACCGGCUCAUUACUAACACUGCAGAAGCUGUUCUCCAGAAAAUGGACGACAUGCAGAAAAUGCGCCGAAGGCUGGGUAGCAGAGACUCUAAAAAGGAGAAUCUUAGAAUGUACUCUGGAUCCAAGAGGAAGAGAACCACAAGGUCCUCUGAGAGAACAGACGAGGAAAGUGCCGAUGAGCAAGAGAACGACCACGAUGAAUACACUGAUCAAGAGGAUGAAAAUGAAGAUGGUGAAGGCACAGGAGAAGAGGAGGAAGACCAUGACGAAGGUGACGAUGAUGACGAUGAAGAGGAAGAAGAUAAUCAGAAACGCUACGAAUUCAGACAGAGAAAAGCUGUUGUACGCUACCAAGCUCCUCUUGAAGAGCCAAGGAAGCAGAGCGUAUUUUUCCGCCGGCACUCAACCCCGAUCAGGCGGAGGUAUUCGUUCAGCUCCACAGGGCCAUGCAGUCCAUACAGCAGACGCAGAAGUAGCAGGCGGAGACAUGCCAUCCACAGUAGCGACUCAACCUCCUCCUCUUCAUCGGAUGAUGAGAAAUUUGAGAGGCGGAGGAGUAAGAGUCGGAACAGGUCAACAAACAGAUGCCUUCCGAUGAACUUCCGGAAAGAGGAUCUCUUGGGACUCCACAAGGACCGAAUUAAGAUCGGAGCAAGUCUUGCAGAUGUUGAUCCAAUGCAAAUUGACCAAACGGUGCGCUUUGACAGUAUCGGUGGUUUGAAUAGACACAUUGCUGCUCUAAAGGAGAUGGUGGUCUUUCCUUUACUCUAUCCUGAGGUUUUUGAGCGGUUUAAGAUUCAGCCUCCAAGAGGCUGUCUGUUCUAUGGUCCCCCAGGCACUGGGAAGACCCUUGUGGCGAGAGCGCUGGCCAACGAGUGUAGUCAAGGGCAAAAGAAAGUGGCCUUCUUUAUGAGGAAAGGCGCCGACUGCCUCAGCAAGUGGGUGGGAGAAUCGGAAAGACAGCUCCGGCUCCUUUUCGACCAGGCAUAUCAGAUGCGUCCAUCUAUUAUAUUCUUUGAUGAAAUUGAUGGGAUUGCACCUGUUCGUUCUAGUAGGCAAGACCAGAUCCACAGCUCCAUCGUGUCCACGUUGCUGGCUUUAAUGGAUGGACUGGACAGCCGUGGUGAGGUGGUAGUCAUCGGAGCCACUAACCGGCUGGACUCCAUAGAUCCUGCUCUCAGACGGCCCGGACGCUUCGACAGGGAGUUCCUGUUCAGCCUUCCUGACAGAGAGGCUCGUAAAGAUAUUUUAAAGAUCCACACACGACAGUGGGAUCCUCAGCCAUCAGACGCGUUCCUUGAGGAAUUAGCUGACAAGUGUGUUGGUUACUGCGGUGCAGACAUUAAAGCAGUGUGUUCAGAAGCAGCCCUCUGUGCCCUGCGCCGCUGCUACCCUCAGAUCUACGCCUCCUCACAGAAACUCCUUUUGGACAUCGAGUCUAUAAGCGUGGAAGGCCGUGACUUCCUGUCCGCCAUGAGGAAGAUUGUGCCUGCAUCUCAGAGGGCUGUGGCGUCCCCAGCUAAAGCUUUGACACCUGUCAUUCAGCCUCUGCUGGCGAACACACUCCGUGAUGCCAUGAAGGCCCUGCAGAAGGUUUUCCCUCAUGUGGAGCAGGGCGUCAAGAAGAAGGACAACAAUAGUGCAGCUGGUGUUUUAGACGACUUGCUGCACAGCGACGAUGAGGCCUUGUCUAUGUGCACUAGUAAUCCUUCCCAGACUAAUACAGGCCCAACCGGCUCCUUUCUCCAUUUAACCAAGAGUGCCAAUCAGGAGCCAACAACGUUUAGGCCCCGGCUGCUGCUCUGUGGGAAUCCAGGCUCGGGGCAGAGCACACACCUGGCCCCUGCAAUGCUGCACACCCUGGAGAAGUUCACGGUCUACACACUGGACAUGGCGGUGCUUUUCGGGGUCAGCACUACCAGCCCAGAGGAGGCGUGUGCACAGCUGUUCUGUGAGGCUAAGAGAACGGCUCCCAGCAUCCUGUACAUACCACACAUGCAGCGCUGGUGGGACACGGUGAGCUCUGCACUCAGGGCCACUUUCCUCAGCCUCCUACAGGACAUCCCCUCCUUUUCACCCAUCCUCCUCCUCGCCACCUGCAACCUUCCGUAUCACAGCCUCUACACAGAGAUGCAGGAUCUGUUUCAUGUUGAGUACGGGGAGGUGUUCAGCGUCCCGCUUCCCUCCAUAGAGGAGAGGCGCAAAUUCUUUGAGGAUCUCAUUCUGAACCAAGCUGCCAAAGCUCCUGUAUCUAAAAGAGAAGCAGUUCUCCGGGCUCUGGAAAUUCUCCCACUGGCCCCUCCACCUGCCCCUCGCCAGCUGUCCGAGCAAGAGCAGCAGAAAUUAGAGGAACAGGAAGAGGACACGCUCAGGGAACUCCGCCUCUUCCUGCGUGAUGUCACAAACAGACUUGCUCAGGACAAGCGCUUCAAGGCCUUCACCAAACCAGUGGACACUGAGGAGGUUCCUGAUUACACUACAGUCAUUAAGCAGCCCAUGGACCUGUCCACAGUCCUCACCAAAAUAGACCUACACAAAUAUGUCACUGUGAAAGACUACCUUCAUGAUGUGGACCUGAUCUGGAAGAACGCUUUGGAAUAUAAUCCAGACAUCGAUCCCUCAGAUCGCCUGAUCAGACAUCGUGCCUGCACACUCAAGGACGCUCUUCAUGCCAUCAUCAAAGAUGAACUGGACGAAAACUUUGAAAAGAUCUGUGUCGAGAUCAAGGAAUCCCGUCUGAAACGAGGUUGUACAUCAUCCAGAUUUACACCUUCAUAUUAUCAUGUCCUGCCAAAAGUCCCAGCAUCAUCAGAGCCAAAGACUAAUGAGAGUGGCCCUUCCAAAGAUGUGGCCUCUGUUACAACAACAGUGACUACACCAAAGCAAGCUGUACAGAAGAAAAGGCGGCGCAAGAGGCUUUGGAGCAACGGGCUCGUGCGCCGUAAAAAGUCCGCCCAGUCGCACACGAAAGACUCAAACGAAGCAGAGUCAGACGAGGGAGAAGACGAUGAUGAGGAUGAAGAAGAGGGGAAAACGGCAGAGCAGGACCUAAACGAGUCUGGACAAAUGGAUGUGGAGAACAAGGAGAAUGGUCUUACUUCAAAAGAGGACCGGAGCGAAACCGCAGAAGCCGUGUCCAGCCACAACGGACACGUCAGCAGCGCAGAAGGAGAUUGCAGCGAUUCCUCUAUGGAUGGGAUCCAGAAUGGAAAAUCUUCUGGAAUUCUGGGUAGAGAGACUGGAAACAACGAUGAGGUCCAACCAGUGGAACCCACAAGUGAUAAGAGGGUGGAGCCUAGUGCAGAGGAAGAUGCAGGGAUAGAGAAAGGGAUGAGACGUAUGACCAGAGGCUUAAAGUUGCAGGCUCAGCAGCAGAAACUGAUAGACUUGAACACGGCCAUGAAGAUCCUGGAGCAGAGGAGCCAGCCACUCACUGUGGAUCACAACAAGUUAAAGGAUCUUUUGCAGAAGGUGGUAGUUAAGACUGAGGGUUACGAGGCUGACCUUCUCGAGAAGCUUUAUGCUCGUUUGUGCCAGAGCAUCUACAGACACAGGAAAAAUCACGACAAGACCGCACUUAUACAGGAGAUGGCAAGGGAAGUGGAGGAGUUUACCUAAACAGUACAACUAAAGAUAUUCACGCAUAGUACUAAAUUAUAUUUUACUACAGUGAUUUAAAAACCUCAGCGAUUGUAUUUUUUAUUAUCUAUGUAUUCCGCUGUAUUAAAAUAUUUGUCAGCA